AAUUUACUUAAUUUUGCUUUAACGAAGGUCUUUAUUUCUUUUGCUGGAGGAAUUUCCGUCUUUUUACGCUUCAAUUUGAAGCUCGUUGAUUUAAAUUACAAUAUUUUAUUGAAAUUUAUUGAAAGGUAAAUUAAUCAGUUGUUUCACUUAUAUAAAUUGCGAGCAGUUGUAUCUCUUGGAUAUUUUUACCUGGUGAAAUUAGUUGGUACAAACAAAAAAGUUAACACAUUUUGUUUUACUUGUAUCUAAAUGGAGUGCGAAGUGCGUAAUAUUUUGGAAAUUUUAUUACUGAACAUAAUUGGCCCAUCAAAAAAUCCAUAAACUGUUUGUAAGUUGUGGCUAGCAUCAAAUAACACAAAUGUGGAAGUAAUCGAUGAUCCGAAGUGUAGUAUCCAAACAAACACGUCAGGUGGCUGGCAUAUGCAUAUACAUAUAAAAAAUUCCAUUAAUUAUUGCUACUUUCCCUUAAGUACAUAAUUACAAACAAUAAUAGAUAUACGCUAUGUAACUUCAUUGAAAUUUCACUCAACAAAAUUGCUUUUUUAUGCUCUUAUUUCUAAAAUAUCCUUUUAUUUGACUCUCUUUAGUUUCUUUAUACUCGUGAAGGAAUAAUCUAUUGAAUGUCUCAUAAAUUAUACAUUCAUAAAUACAUAAUUUAUAUAAUUUAGACAUAGUAAUGUCUUCUCUACGUCAUAACAGACUUAUAAUCAUCCAUUUACAUUGCCAAAGUUAGUUGGAAGAGUUAUAUGUUCAAAGAUCAAACAGCGUAUUCGGGUUGUGUUAAAUUAUGUCUGAGCAAUUGGUGCACUACAGAAGUUAUUGUAAUUAAAAAUCCUGGUUACUCGCAUAAUCAUACAUGUAUAUAUUAUAUAUACACAUAUUUUUUUAUUAUUCACGUAAUUUAGCAAUAAGUUUUUAAAAAGAGGGUAUCUUUUCUAUUAUUGAUUGUAUAAAUUGUAAUAGUUCACAAUCAAGACUGCGUGAAAAUAUUAAAAAAUAGUGUGACACACAUACAAUAAAAAAAAUUUAUAAAAAUUUUUUAAUAGUCCAUAAAUAUUUGAAAUAAUUGACAGUGCCAAAGAACAACUAAAAAAUAUCCAUAAAAAGUAACUUCAAGUUCAUUUUAAAAUUGAUGUAUGUAAAAUAGGGAAAAAUUCUGGAAAGGAACAAGCGAGUGGAAAAUAAAUUAGGCGUAAUUUAAGAAAAACCAAAAAAAGAACGCGGAGAAUUUGGAAACGUUCGAGAGCAACCAAACCUUUUUCUCUCAUUCAGUUUUAAUUUAAACUGAACAUAAAGAGCUCAUAAAGAAAUAUCGCUUACUUAUAUUAAUCAUUAAUAAUACAUAAAAUGGAAGCCGAUAAAUCUACAACAAUUCUUAUGGCUCGUGAUAUCUCAAAAGAAGAAUCCAUUGCUCAUGCUAACAUUCUGAUGGGAACUGCAACAGAAACUAUCUCCGACUUGGAGUCGCCUGUGCACUCGUGUGUUGAAUCAAUUCUACGUAGCGAUGGGGAUGACGACGAUGAAGAUUUAAUUUUCCAGGAGGUAAAAAUGAUAUUGCGUAAGCGCAGAGGUUGGGGACCAGAAGAUUCACUAAGCGCUAACGACUUGGAUUUACUUGAGUAUGACGAUGAGUUGGUAGAGGAAGAUGAUGCUGGCUGUCCCUUACCCUCUACACCCGAGGAUACACAAUUGAUUGAAGCUGAGAUGACUGAGGUUUUGAAAGCGGGCGUCUUGUCGGAUGAGAUCGAUUUGGGUGCUUUAGCCCAUAACGCUGCUGAACAAGCAGAAGAAUUUGUGCGCAAGGUUUGGGAGGCUAGUUGGAUGGUAUGUCAUUAUAAAAAUUUACCUAAAUGGCUGCAGGACAAUGACUUUCUACAUCGCGGUCAUCGCCCACCACUGCCUUCGUUCAGUGCCUGUUUCAAGUCGAUAUUUCGUGUACACACCGAAACCGGAAACAUCUGGACACAUUUGCUAGGCUGCGUGGCAUUCAUUGGUGUUGCACUGUACUUUUUAUCUCGUCCAUCAGUCGAAAUACAAAUACAAGAGAAAAUCAUAUUUGGCGCUUUCUUUGCCGGUGCCAUUAUUUGCCUGGGUUUCUCGUUCGCUUUUCACACGCUUAGCUGUCACUCGGUAGAGAUUGGAAGACUGUUUUCAAAAUUAGAUUACUGUGGAAUUGCACUACUGAUUAUGGGUUCGUUUGUGCCCUGGUUGUAUUACGGAUUCUAUUGUCAUUACCAACCCAAAGUUAUCUAUUUAUCUGUGGUAUGCGUUUUGGGGUCGCUAUCGAUUAUCGUCUCACUGUGGGAUAAAUUCUCUGAACCUGGUUUGCGACCACUACGUGCCGGAGUCUUCAUGAGUUUCGGCCUCUCUGGCAUCAUACCAGCUAUUCAUUACAGUCUGAUGGAGGGUUGGUUUAGUAAAAUCAGUCAAGCUAGUUUGGGUUGGCUAAUACUGAUGGGCCUCCUUUAUAUACUUGGAGCAAUGUUAUAUGCCUUACGUGUGCCAGAGAGAUGGUUUCCGGGGAAAUUUGAUAUAUGGUUCCAAUCGCAUCAAUUGUUUCAUAUACUUGUCAUUGCGGCCGCGUUUGUGCACUAUCACGGCAUAUCCGAGAUGGCAAUGUAUCGCGUAACGGUCGGCGAAUGCACUGUACCUCACGAACCAAUCACAUUCUAAGCGAGAACCUAAUUAUUUAUGCUAAAACUGUUGGUUUAUUUAUCCGUUAUUUGUUUUGGCUGCGAAUAUUUGAAAACAAAAUUAAAGUUUAUGAACAAAAGGCAGAAGUCGAAAGUUAAAAUUUAAUUAUUAGUAUCAUUUAUGAUUUAUAUUAUAAUUAAAAACUAAAAUAUGGCGAUAUAAAAAUAGAAAAAUAAAUAUAAACACACACAUUUUCAUAUCUAUUGGGACAAAAUUGUAGAGUCCACUUAGUAAAAAGAAGCCGACUGUUAACGGCAUAAAGUUAUCGAAAACAAAAUUGAGGCAUUGUUAUUUUUAAUACAUCUCAUAUAUCAACACAUGCAUUGCAUCAUACACACGUAGACUUGGAAGCAUAUUAAAUGUACUUUGGACGUUCG